AUGGCCGACUCCGGCUUUAAGACGAAGACGAUGAAGAGGAAGAACGUCAAGGGCCUUGCACUCAGCGCUCCCCCUCCGAAGCCAGUGCCCUCGGCUGGAGACUCGCAGAUACCUGGCGCGCUCGGUCACGACGAGGGAAGGGCAGACACACUCGAAAUUGGCGUCGAGUUCCGGCUGGAUCUUAAAGCGGAGGAUCUGAUAGUCCUCCGUGAGCUCGGCUCGGGGAAUGGAGGGACCGUGAGCAAAGUGCAGCAUGCUGCGACAAAGGUUAUAAUGGCGAGGAAGAUUAUACAUGUCGAAGCUAAGAACGAAGUUCGGAAACGGAUUGUGCGCGAGCUGCGAAUCAUGCACGAUUGCAACUCUGAACACAUUGUAGCAUUUUAUGGCGCCUUCCAGAGCGAUACUGGGGACGUGAUAAUGUGCAUGGAGUACAUGGACGUCGGAUCCCUCGACUGGGUAUCGAAGACAUUUGGACCUGUCCGCGUGGAUGUUUUAGGCAAGAUUGCUGAAGCAGUGCUGGGCGGGCUCACCUACCUUUAUUCCGCGCAUCGUAUCAUGCACCGAGACCUCAAGCCGCCGAAUAUCCUGGUCAACUCCAAGGGCCAGAUCAAGUUGAGCGAUUUCGGUGUUUCCAGCGAACUGGAAGGGUCCAUAGCAGAAACGUUCGUUGGGACGGGAACAUACAUGGCACCGGAGCGGAUACAAGGCUCACCAUACACGGUAAAGUCGGACGUCUGGAGCGUUGGUCUCACGCUUAUGGAGCUGGCGAUCGGGAAAUUUCCCUUCGCCGGCAGCGACGACGAUGCCGACGGGCCUGGCGGGCCACAGGGCAUUCUCGAUCUUUUGCAGCAGAUCGUUCUAGAGCCGGCCCCGAAGCUGCCCAAGAGCGACGCGUUCCCUUCGAUCUUGGAGGACAUGAUCGCGAAAUGUUUGAUGAAGGAUCCUGCAGAGCGACCGACGCCGAAGGAACUUUAUGACCACGACGCCUUUCUUCAAGCCGCGAAACGAACUCCGGUCGAUUUAGAAGCAUGGGCGAUUAGCAUGAUGGACCAUAACAAGCGCAAAUCUCACCUCGCUCCCUCCGCACCAUCCUCUACCGUGCGAGAGAAGCUACGUGAACGAUCGCCUCCUUCGAAGACACCGUCGAGUGUUGACCCUAAGCACUCGGAUUCAAACGGCUCGACAUCGGCGCCACCGCGGCCCGCGUAUCCUUCCAGGACGUCGAGCGCCUCGAGCAGCCAGAACAUGAUGUCUUUACCUAUACGACCAGCACCGCCCGCCAUAGGCUCGCCCCAGGUGAGAGGUCCUCCCAAUGGAGGUCUACCGGCGGCUCCAAAGAGGUGGAAUAGCGAGGUAUGA